CGACCCCUUCCUCCUCACCACCGAUAACGACGAGCAGCCUACUCUACUCUUGACGACAUAAAACCGGCUACUCCACAACUUAAAUCCACGAUGCUGCCCAAGAAGAAGUAUGCGUACCAGGCCGACAUGCCUUUCGCGAGGCAGCCAUUCAAGUCCAUCUACGUCGUCCAACGAAUGCUCACGACGCUCGUCAUGACUGUCUGGUGGGCCGUCUAUUACACCGUCAUGCCGCGCUCGUACCGCCCGCGACCCUCGUGGUCAGUCUCGUGCUGUAUCGUCGUCAACUUCAUGCGACGCAUACACAAGGUCACCGAACUUGCGGGCGUAACCUUUGGAACGCGGAAUCCGGACAAGGAGUGCUCGAACCGUCACCUGAAGUAUACGCGAUUCGAAUGGGUCGAACCGCUUCCGGACCACCUGCGCACGGGCAUCAUCGCGGACCCACAAGUCCCGUUCAAGAGAGUUGGGUGCUACGUAUGGCCUAAACAGCGACCGAAGAUCAUCCCCGUUUGCACAGGCGAUCUCACCCAGCCACCCAAAGACCAACUCAUGGACGCUGGCGAGUUCGAGAAUGCCGCCGGAGAGGUCCCUUUGAUUGGUAUCUUCCUUCACGGCGGAGGAUACUGCCAUAUGUCGGCGCACGAGAGCUCAAGUCCCUCUCAGAUUCCCUCCCGUCUCAUGAAGGACAAGACGUUUACCGAGAUCCAUGCCGUCGAGUAUCGCCUGCUGCAACACGCACCUUUCCCAGCUGCCGUCCAGGACGCGGCGGCUGUUUAUGCGCAUAUAGUCCGCCGUCACCAGCGCCAACGGUCAGGCAAAGACAGUUCCUCUCGGACAACUUCGAGCACACGCGUUGAGGAGCAGGAGACGGAGAGGAAGGGCGACGAGAUCGUCGAUUACCUCUCUGCAUCCAACACAGACUAUCAGGCACAAGCCCGCGACAGGAAGGAGAACGAAGACAUUCGUGCACGCGUUGCAGAUAUGAAAGCGAAUACGAACUGCAAGAUUGUAUUGAUCGGGGACAGCGCCGGUGGCAACCUCGUCCUUGCUCUUGCACGCUGGAUCCGCGACGAGGGCGUUCUUCCUCCGCCCGAAGCACUACUGCUUCUGUCCCCAUCUUGCGAUCCAUCACAUGCAUUCCCGGACACACCUUCAUCCUACGUCCCACGCCCGCACGCCGAUACCGACUACCUCGUCGAUACCCCCGAACCCCGCGCGCUCCUCCAACGCACCUUCCUCGGACAUAACCCUCUCGAGACCAUGCACAGUCCUUACGUCAGCCCAGCCUCAUCGCGGGUCCUCCGGGCAUUCUACGGAGACGCGUUUGCGUCCAGCGUCGCGGACCUCACCAUUGCGCAGCUCGACGACGGCCAGCGCGCAUACCUACGCAACAUGUCCUCAGUUCCAGCUACGCCUGUACCUUCCACCCCCCUCACUGCCUCCGCCGUCCCCCGCGGCCUCGUGACCGGGCCUCCAGAGGCCGCUGGGCCAGAGCAGGAACGCAGCCCGACGUCGCUCGCGCGCCCCGUCAUCGCCUCCCCGCGCGGACUGAGCCUCUUCACAGAGUUCCCGAAGUCGUGCGUCGUCUUAGGGGACGCGGAGCGCCUCGAGCGCGAGGUGAUGCGCCUGGUCGGCGCGAUGGAGCGCGAUGGGGUGGACGUGCACACGAUUUGGGUCAAGGACGCGCCGCACGACGUGCUCAUGAUGGACUACUGGGACGAGCGCGUGCGCGAUACUGUGUGGGGGCAGGUCGAGGAGUGGGUGCGUGGGCUGUGAGGGCUGGUGAAGAAAUGAAUGAACGCGAACGCUUGCACCGGGGUGUACCUUGGGGAGAGAUACAUGUCAUACACGGACUGUACGCCCAGCCUGCGGCGAUAUACAGUUGCUCUUUGUAUACCAAUAUAGCAUAUAUAGCAUAUAUCGUUGCGUGUAGUAAGUGAUGAGACGAUACAAG